AUGGCUUCUGAAGUGGGCUGGAUUAAGCUGAUUUACUAUCGAGAGCGGUAUCUUAAGAUACUCGAAAGUGCUUGGAUAUGUGUUCUGGUGUGUCUGGGCUCCCCGGCCUGGGGAAGUUUCCAUCAUGGUCCUUCGACGGUGGGUGUACCCGUGGGUGUUCCUGUGCCAGUGCCAGUUCCGGUGCCCUCUCCAUAUCCGGUUCCAUCGCCAGUGGCUGUCCCCGCUCCAGUGGCAGUUCCCGUUUCCGAUACUGUGACAAUUCCAGCGGUUUAUAACGCCCAUCAGGCAUUUGCCUAUGGAACUCCAGAGCAUUAUGCUCCUGCUCCUCCUCCGGCGAUCUUUAAAUAUGCAUCAUCAUAUGCUGCCCCUCAGCCAGUCAUCAAAUACUCCCUGGGAGCUCCAGUGACCACUACCACCACCACAUAUACUGGAUUUGCUGCACCAUCGACUGCUCAUUUUGCCGCAGCACCACCAGUUCAGUUUGCAGCACCACCUCCACCGCAAUUCCUAACGAGAUAUGCUGCCCCGCCCACUGGUUACCAGUUUGCAGCCGCCCCCUCCUUCGGAAGAUACAAACUCCACUUUGGAGCACCACCACCACCAUCAUAUCAUCAUUCUCCAGCUGCUGUUUAUGGAGCUCCCCCAGCAACGUUUAACACUCAGGGCUGGUAG